UUUUUAUCUUCAUCUUUUUCAUCUUGUACCCCAAUAAAGAUGGGAGGAUAAGGUCUGGUAGUAUUAUCAUGGAUAAUAAUGGUGAGUGGCCAGAAGCUUUUUCCAAAAAGCUAAAGAUGUGUAAUGUGUUAGUGGCAAAGCUUUGAGGGGUUUAGAAAGGUUUAAUGCUUGUUAGAAGGGUGGGUCUGAGAUUAAUGUUGAUUCGAAGUAGUGAAUGAUAUAAAUAGCAAUAAAUAUGGUAAUCCCAUUGGUAGAGCUUUGAUUAAAAAUAUUUGAUCAUUUACAGCGUUGGAGUGAGAGAUUGUUGUUAGACAUGUUUAUGGUAAGGAUAUGCGUUUUUAUGAUACGUGCCAGUCUCGCAUUAAACAUUUGUUUGAUGCUGAUUUGCUGGGAAAUUAUGUUCCCUUCAGUGUAGUUUCAUUUUGUUGUUGAACUUAAGCUCUCUUUGCAAAAAAAUUGUGUCUAAAAAAUCAUUUCGAAACUGGUCACUGUUAGAAUUUUAAGAUGAUGAAUGAAAACCAUUAAAGGCACACACCAAACCCUAAAUCCUCUUCAUUUCCAAUUAUCCACUCUCUCCGUCGCCGCUGCAACCAUGACGGAACUGAAGCUAUCCGAAAGCCGCGACCUAACGCGCAUAGAGCGCGUCGGAGCUCACUCGCACAUCCGUGGCCUCGGCCUAGACUCCUCAUUAGAGCCACACGAUGUCUCUGAAGGUAUGGUUGGCCAAGUCUCCGCACGUAAAGCCGCCGGCGUCAUCCUUCAAAUGAUAAAGGACGGAAAAAUCGCCGGCCGCGCAGUUCUCCUCGCCGGCCAACCCGGAACCGGCAAAACCGCCAUCGCUAUGGGGAUAGCCAAAUCUCUCGGCCUCGAAACGCCGUUCGCUAUGAUCGCCGGCAGCGAGCUCUUCUCACUCGAGAUGUCGAAGACCGAAGCCCUAACACAAGCCUUUCGCAAGGCCAUCGGUUUACGUAUCAAGGAAGAAACGGAGGUGAUUGAAGGUGAGGUUGUUGAGGUUCAGAUCGACCGUCCGGCUGUUUCCAGUGCUGCUGCAAAGACAGGGAAGUUGACGCUGAAAUCGACGGAGAUGGAGACUGUCUAUGACCUUGGCGCGAAGAUGAUCGAGGCUAUUGGGAAGGAGAAGAUUACAAGUGGUGACGUCAUUGCCAUUGAUAAGGCUUCAGGGAAGAUCACGAAGCUCGGUAGAUCGUUCUCUAGGUCGAGGGAUUUCGAUGCAAUGGGACCACAGGUGAAGUUUGUGCAAUGUCCUGAUGGAGAGUUGCAGAAGAGGAAGGAGGUUGUUCAUUGUGUUACUCUUCAUGAGAUUGAUGUUAUUAACAGCAGAACACAGGGGUUUCUGGCUCUUUUCACCGGAGAUACCGGUGAAAUCCGCACUGAAGUUCGGGAACAAAUUGACACCAAAGUGGCAGAGUGGAAAGAAGAAGGAAAGGCAGAGAUUAUCCCUGGUGUUAUUUUCAUUGAUGAGGUACACAUGCUUGAUAUAGAGUGUUUUUCAUUCCUAAAUCGGGCUCUCGAGAACGAGAUGUCUCCGAUAUUAGUCGUUGCUACCAACAGAGGCAUCACAACUAUUCGUGGCACGAAUUACAAAUCUCCACAUGGAAUUCCUAUUGAUCUACUUGAUCGGCUUCUCAUUAUCUCUACUGAACCUUAUACCGAGGAUGAAAUUUGCAAGAUUCUGGAUAUUAGAUGCCAAGAGGAAGACGUAGACAUGAGUGAAGGUGCAAAGCAUUUGUUAACCAAAAUAGGUGUAGAAUCAUCCCUGCGAUAUGCCAUUCAUCUAAUCACAGCAGCUGCUUUGGCCUGCCAAAAGCGAAAGGGAAAGACGGUGGAAAUGGAUGAUAUAAACCGGGUUUACAAUUUGUUUUUGGAUGUCAAAAGAUCGACACAGUACUUGAUGGAAUAUCAAAGUCAAUACAUGUUCAGUGAAACAGGUGAAGUUGAUGAAGAUGAUGCCAUUGGUAUGGUAGCAUGAAAUUCAUGCUCAUCAGUUUGAGCCUUUGUAAUUAUCUGAGCAGUUGUUAUAAGUUGCAGCAGUUUAUUUAUUUCAUGAUCUUCAUUUGUAGUUGAUUUUCAGCAUUAGCAGUUUUUCCAAGGUUGAAUUGCGGUAUCUACAAUGCUCACAUGAGAAGCUGUGCUGUAAUUUAUUUCUACUCAACUUUUCCAAGACUUCUUUUUUGAGAAAUGUCAUAAGUUGUCAUAUUCUUGAUA